GACAAGGAGCGGCUGGUCUUGGAAUUGAAGCCUGCCGAGCCGGAAGGCGCUGUGCUUUUUCACCUCCGUCGCUCUGGCGGAAACGCAAGCGGUGGAAGAGAGGUUCCGGGGUUGGCCUCGGCUGGCGGCUGCAGCAUGGACACCCGGGCCGAGGAGGCGGGAGUGACUCGCCGCCCGAUGCUGGCCUCUUCCUGGGAUGCUGCCUGCGGAGCCCGCCGGAGUCUCCAUCUCACCCGGGCUGGUGUCGGCGCCCCGGACUUGGACUGGGAGCAGCUGCUGGCGCCGCCUGACUCGGGCCAAGAUCUGGUGAUUUUGAAAAGAGGCCACAGUGACCAAGAUGAAAACCCCUGCUUCCUUUACCUGAGAUGCGACCCUAACGGAGGUGAAGAGAUCGUUUCUAUUGAUUUAAGUUCCGCAAGAAAUAUGGAAGUAUACUUAGGAGAGGAGUACUGUGGAACCAGUAGGGGCAAGAAUGUUUGCAGUGAUCUGGAUAACAGUGAAGGUGAAAAGAUUAUUUUGUACAAAAAAUAUCUAAAAUUGGAGUUCUCCACACAUGCUUGUAAAAUAAAGUUGCUCUCCUUUGGUGAAAAGCAGUGUGUGUUCAUCAGUAAAGUUGUGGUACACAUGAGGCGGGUUUCAGCCAGUUCUUCAACAAGCUCUCCUGCUCUAGGAUCAAGGAUAGACCUCCAGAGGGUCCAGACUAUCAUGGAGUCCAUGGGGUCAAAGUUGUCACCUGGAGCUCAGCAACUGAUGGAUAUGGUUAGAUUUCAGCAGCAGAAUCAUAUUCCCAUUGGCGAGCAGCUUCAGUCGGUUUUGGGAAAUCCUGGCUACAGACGUGGGAUUGACCUGCAGUCAUCAUCUACUUCGGGGGCCUUAGACAAGUCCCCGUCCACGCCUUUUCCUUUCAGAACCGGCUUGACCUCUGGAAAAGUGACUGAAGACUUGAAAGCUUGCACCGAUCAAAGUCUGCAGACACCCGGUGGCAGAAAGGCUACGAGCCUCCGAGAGUAUAAAACUGUGUCACCAAGCCAUGUUCUUCUUGAGAAUGACCUCAAAAAUGCGGUUUCUUCUCUCCUACCAAAGAAAGCAAGUGACAACUCGAAAAUACCUAACUCUGACUUGCUGCCUUUUCUCCAGAGUUUAUGUAGUCAAGUUAGCCAUCUCCGCGUGGGACGUAACACCAAGUGGCAGGAAACCGUCCCUAAGGCUGGUGAAGACAUUGCUGGUGUUGCCACGGAAGAGCAGCCUGUGUGCUCCUACCUGGAAAAGGUCCUUACUAAAAAUAUGGAACUGAUGGAAAAGAAGCUUGUGGACUACAUUGAUCAGCGGAUACAUAAACUGCAGAAGCACAUAGAUACAAAGAUGGCUUUGUUGAUGGACGUGCUGCAGAGUCCCUGCCCGCCCCCCGCCGGGAUGGCCCUCCGACAGUGGGACUCUGGGGAAAGACUGUCAAACGGAGAAAGAUAAGUGCUCGACACGGACCGUGCGCUACAGAUAUUUAUUAC